GGAUUGUCCGAAUCAGUGCUUGCUUCAAUUCUUCGUAUUGUUCCUUUUUCUGUUUCAUCAGAUAUCCUACUUGGUUGGAAUUGCCUUGUUUUUUAAAACAUUUCUAAAGUUGUUGGUGAUUCAGAAAUUUACAUUCUACUUCUUGGAUUGCAUAAUCAGUAGACAUUUGCAUAAGAGUACCUUCUUCCAAAUGACUUCAAACCAAGGAACAAUGGCAUCCAACGACGAAGCACAAAUUCCACACAUCCAAAUACGCCAAUUAAAAAAAAUUCAAAGAGAGUGGACGAUUCAUGUUGUUAUCCUAAGAACAAUUGAGUCAUCUUAUGAGAACAACAAAGGAUCAGGCAAAAUACUUAAAUUAAUUUUGGCCGACUCAGAGGGGAAAAAAAUACAAGGUAUUAUGUUUGGAGAAACUAUUGAAAUGUAUAAGCACAUGCUUCAGAAGAAUCAUGUUCUUUACAUCUCAAAUGGAGAAGUCAAACCAAUAAACCCGCUAUAUGGAAAUGUACAUGAGUCAAUUGAGUUGACAUUGACUAAGAACAUUUCUAUCAAAGAAUCAAAUGCAAAUUUACAAUUUGAUAAGAUAUUGAACAACUUUAUCUCAAUCAAAGAGGCAAUUUCCAACGAGGAUACAAGGAAUAUAAAUGUUCUUGCAAUGAUAGCAAAUGUCAAGCCUAUGAUCAAGUACGUUACAAGAUAUAAUAAGGCAGACACAAGGCGGGACAUCAUUAUAGUAGACAAAGAUGAGAUAACAUUAUCUGUAACUUUAUUCGGAGAUUUAGCUGGCAAUGAAGGUUCAAUAAUUGAAAGAAAUAUGCAUGAGCCAACUAUAAUUGCGUUAUCAGAUUUUAAAAUAGCAUUGUACAAAGGUAAAAUAUUUAUAAUGGAAUUGUAAAUUAAUUAUCAAUAAAUAUCAAAUUCUAAUUAUAACUAUUAUAUAUGCAGGGGAGAUAUGCUUGACUUCGCAAAUUGCAUCUACAAUAUGUAUCAACCCAGAAAUACAACUUGCUAAGGAGAUGCGAGAAUGGGCUCUUUCAAAAGACCAGAUCAAGACUAAUAGUGCUCCGUCAAGGCUAUUUAAAAAUGCAACGGAAAUGAAAAUUGUUGAUAUUUUGCAAGCUUCACAAGACUCAUCAAAGGCACAAUAUGGCUGCUUUAUUGGAAAAAUAAGUAAUAUAUUAAAUAGACAUGAGGCUUGGUACUUCUCAUGCACAGGCUGCAAUAAAAAAGUAGACAAAACUAUUUACGACAAAUGUCAAAAUUGUCAAAAAAACAAUGAAGAUAGUAUACCAAGAUAUGUUGUUAAAAUCAUCGUGGAAGACGAAACAGACACUGCAAGAGUCACACUUUUUGAAGCAGCACAAACAUUGAUAGGAUGCGAUGCUAAAAAAUUCAUGGAUGAUAUAAAAGAGAAAAAUAAUCAGAGUUCAUUGUUUCAAAAGUUUGUUCUCAACAUCGGAAAGACAUACAAGUUCCUUGUAAAGCUGGAUGAGAAGUCAAAGGAUGAACGUGCACAAGGAAAGAUAAUAGCACAAGAAAUUCAAA